CACCCCUAUCCCCCUAGAAAUCUGCCUUCACCCCCUUCUGAGCAAAGAACACUGGAGCCUGUAUUCAUCUCUGGGCCCAGGGGCUGCAUGUCAGAUCAGCAGACCAGCUCCACGCAGACCUCCGUCCCUGCUCUCCUUUGAACCACUUCCUGUACGAGCCUUUCCUGACAAAUACCAAACAGACUUAACCCAUGAUGCUUUGCUCUUCCUCCUUCCUUCCACGUUGCAUGGGCGUCGGAACCUUUCCCUUCCACUCCCACAUUUCCACAGCUACCAUCCCUUCCUUGAAACAUUGGACCAUAGGCUUUAAAAUAUGGUUGCGUAACACCACAGUUUUGCUGAUAAUCCCUUAUAGUCUCUUCACUAGGGUUUAAAUCUGUGUGUGAAAUGAGUCCUGGGUUUGCCAUCAUCACAACUCUCUAUAGAAUUAAAAGGUAAGUGACUCAGCAAGGUAUUGAAAGAUUUUGUGUACGUCUUUUUGCUGGUGUGCGUGCGUGCGUACAUGCGUGUGAAUGUGAAUGAGCCAAUUGGAAAGAUCAUUGAAAAAUGUACCGAAUGGAGAUCCACUGCCAUUCCAUUCCAUGUGUGUCAUUAAGUGUCUGGUAGAUGGCUACAGUGUUUUAUUGCAUGGCCUCUAUGGCCAAGGGAUGAAGACGUGUGUUUUAUUGCAUGCCUCUAUUGCCAAGGGACAAAGACGUGUGUUUUAUUACAUGGCAUCUAUGGCCAAGGGACAAAGACGUGUUUUAUUGCAUGGCCUCUAUGGCCAAGGGAUGAAGACGUGUUUUAUUGCAUGGCCUCUAUGGCCAAGGGAUGAAGACGUGUUUUAUUGCAUGGCCUCUAUGGACAAGGAUGUGUGUUUUAUUGCAUGGCCUCUAUUGCCAAGGGACAAGGACGUGUGUUUUAUUGCAUGGCCUCUAUGGCCAAGGGACAAAGACGUGUUUUAUUGCAUGGCCUCUAUGGCCAAGGGACAAGGACGUGUGUUUUAUUGCAUGGCCUCUAUGGCCAAGGGACAAAGACGUGUUUUAUUGCAUGGCCUCUAUGGCCAAGGGACAAGGACGUGUGUUUUAUUGCAUGGCCUCUAUGGCCAAGGGACAAAGACGUGUGUUUUAUUACAUGGCCUCUAUGGCCAAGGGACUAAGACGUGUUUUAUUGCAUGGCCUCUAUGGCCAAGGGACAAGGACGUGUGUUUUAUUGCAUGGCCUCUAUGGCCAAGGGACAAGGACGUGUGUUUUAUUGCAUGGCCUCUAUGGCCAAGGGAUGAAGACGUGUUUUAUUGCAUGGCCUCUAUGGCCAAGGGAUGAAGACGUGUUUUAUUGCAUGGCCUCUAUGGACAAGGAUGUGUGUUUUAUUGCAUGGCCUCUAUUGCCAAGGGACAAGGACGUGUGUUUUAUUGCAUGGCCUCUAUGGCCAAGGGACAAAGACGUGUUUUAUUGCAUGGCCUCUAUGGCCAAGGGACAAGGACAUGUGUUUUAUUGCAUGGCCUCUAUGGCCAAGGGACAAAGACGUGUUUUAUUGCAUGGCCUCUAUGGCCAAGGGACAAGGACGUGUGUUUUAUUGCAUGGCCUCUAUGGCCAAGGGACAAAGACGUGUGUUUUAUUACAUGGCCUCUAUGGCCAAGGGACUAAGACGUGUUUUAUUGCAUGGCCUCUAUGGCCAAGGGACAAGGACGUGUGUUUUAUUGCAUGGCCUCUAUGGCCAAGGGACAAGGACGUGUGUUUUAUUGCAUGGCCUCUAUGGCCAAGGGAUGAAGACGUGUUUUAUUGCAUGGCCUCUAUGGCCAAGGGAUGAAGACGUGUUUUAUUGCAUGGCCUCUAUGGACAAGGAUGUGUGUUUUAUUGCAUGGCCUCUAUUGCCAAGGGACAAGGACGUGUGUUUUAUUGCAUGGCCUCUAUGGCCAAGGGACAAAGACGUGUUUUAUUGCAUGGCCUCUAUGGCCAAGGGACAAGGACGUGUGUUUUAUUGCAUGGCCUCUAUGGCCAAGGGACAAGGACGUGUGUUUUAUUGCAUGGCCUCUAUGGCCAAGGGACAAGGACGUGUGUUUUAUUGCAUGGCCUCUAUGGCCAAGGGACAAAGACGUGUUUUAUUGCAUGGCCUCUAUGGCCAAGGGACAAGGACGUGUGUUUUAUUGCAUGGCCUCUAUGGCCAAGGGACAAGGACGUGUGUUUUAUUGCAUGGCCUCUAAGGCCAAGGGACAAAGACGUGUUUUAUUGCAUGGCCUCUAUGGCCAAGGGACAAGGACAUGUGUUUUAUUGCAUGGCCUCUAUGGCCAAGGGACAAGGACGUGUUUUUUAUUGCAUGGCCUCUAAGGCCCAGGGACAAGGACGUGUUUUAUUGCAUGGCCUUUAUGGCCAAGGGACAAGGACGUGUGUUUUAUUGCAUGGCCUCUAUGGCCAAGGGACAAAGAUGUUUUAUUGCAUGGCAUUUGUGGGGGACGUGUUUUCAUGUAGUGCAUGGAAGGUGUAAGCUCUACCUGUUGGGAAAACUUUACUAAUCCUCAGGUAGAUUUGCCAAGGGAGCGGCCUUCAGCUAAUUAAUGGUUGUGAAGUGCGAAGGGACGUUGUUUUAUCUGCGCUGCUAUCUUAUCUUAGAUUGUCUGUCUGUCCCAUAGAGAAAUGGGGUGGGGACAUACUUACUCUUUCCCUCUCCUUCUAUUCUUUCUUUCCAUCUUGCUCACUUUUUCAGAUUGCAGAAAUGUCUGCGUCUUUAGAGUUCCCUUCCCACUGAUUCCUAUUACCCUGUUCAGUGGGUUCUGACUUGUGUUCCCUAAAGUACCAAACCACUCCACAAUAUUAAAGGCAACAAUGGAUUAUAUAUGGAUUAUAUGAUAUAUUUGUAAAAUGGAUUAGUGCACAGUAUACGUCCUCAAUGUCCAUAGAAAGAACUGGAGUUAUUUACAUUUUUAGUUAAUGUGUACAUUAUUUCUUUUGAAGCAGAUCUUUUUUGUCAAUGAUUGCUUUGCUAUAAUCUAUGUUGCCAAUGAUUGUUUUCUAUGAUCUAUGCUCCUCAUUCUGAAACUGCUGUAUUUUGGAGACUGUAUUGAAUGUUGGUGCCCCUAAAUAGUUUUAGACAGGGUCCUGCACACUGGCCCCCCAAAAUGUGCUCUGGCUGUGGGUUUCUGAGCAGAUACUACCUGUUGUUUAGAACUGUAAGCCCUUGGCUUCACACAUUUAGGCUAUACUACCCUACCAAGUAACUGCUUAUAUGGUAAGAAAUUAGUUAAUGCUUUGGUAAUGAUUUUUGGUAUAGUUGUGCUCAUAAGUUUGCAUACCCUGGCAGAAAUUGUGAAA